CUUCUUUUUUUUAGUGUCUUAUUUUGGGUAUGGCUGUAGUUGGACGAACUACUGUUCUCCUCAUCUCUCUUUAUCUUUUUACAUAUUUUUUUACUUCUUCAUGGCAACAAAAACAUACUUUAUAUAAACGAGAUGCUAUUAUUGAAAAUAAGUGUGACAAUAUAUAUCAAUAUGAUGAUCAGUGUACCUAUGUAUUAGAACAUUGUCAAGAUACUACUCCUGGUCUUAUCAAUUAUAUCCAACUCUAUUACUGCUCUUCUACUGUAGGAAAACCCAUCAUUUUUCUAUUCUUAUGUACUUGGUUAUUAUUUCUUUUUGGAUUUGUUGGUAUAGCUGCAUCUGAUUUCUUUUGUCCCAAUCUACAAACCAUCGCCUCAGCACUUCAUUUAUCUGAAAGUCUAACAGGUGUUACUUUUUUGGCAUUUGGCAAUGGAAGUCCUGACUUAUUUUCAACGUUUACUGCCAUGAAUUCUAAUAUGGGAUCACUUGCUCUAGGGGAACUUAUUGGUGCUGCUUCUUUUAUAGUGAGUGUGGUGGCUGGAUCCAUGUGUGCCAUUAAACCAUUCAGAGCCAAGAAACAUAGUUUUUUACGUGAUGUAUCUUUCUUUACUCUAUCGAUCAUUAUGGUUCUUAUCAUUGUUGCGGAUGGCUUGAUUUAUUUAUAUGAGGCUAUUCUCUUGAUUGUCUUUUAUAUUUUAUAUGUCGCUUUAGUGGUGGGUGGAAAUUACUUUAUGAAAAGAAGGUCAAAUUAUAUGAAUUUGAUUCAACGUGCUCGAUCGGAAUAUGAAGAAAAUGGACCGGAAGUGGAUAGUUUACUCUUGGGCAAUAUAUGGGAUGGCUCAGAUCAACAGAGUGAUGAAAUGGAAUUAUAUGACGAAGGAUUUGAAACAGAAGGUUAUCAAGACUAUACAAGACAUGACAAUGCUCUACCAGGUCAUAUGAAAUUACGUAUUCGAACAUCAUUGUUUUCUGCCAUCGAAUUUCAAGAUGUAGUGAAAUCAUUACAACGAACAAAUAUGAGUCAUCGGUAUACAUCCAUCCGUCGUCGACAUCAUCAACAAACUCGAUUUGGAAAUGGAACAGAAGGGAAUACAAAUGUACCACUAACACCACAGGGACAACCACCUAACUAUCAACAAUCAGCAUCUGUCGAGACAUUAGGAUUUGAUCAUCAAUCUAUAUCACAACCAUGGAAUCGCAUUCGAUUAGCGCUACCUGUUUUCGUCUGGGACAAUCUAGAUGAUCUCAAUUACCAUCUAUUUCCUUCGUUAGGCAAUUUUGACGACAAAUCGAUCUUCAACAAAAUCAGCUCCGUGAUCUCGGCACCUAUGAUUUUUCUUCUUGUGAUCACUUUACCAGUGGUGAAAGGAACAAUGAAAGAUGAGGGUGGCGAUGUGGCAUUGAACGAUGAUACAUUGACGAUGCUGGAAGAUUAUUAUUCAGAUACUGACAACAUCGAUCUGACAGAAAUGGAUUCGGUUGCAACAAGUACAGCAGCAUGGAGUCGAUGGUUGACAGCUCUUCAAUUGGUUGGAUCUUCGGUUUUAUUUGGACUGGUGCUGGCUAUUAAUAAGACGAUACCGGCGGUCAUCAUUUUACCAGUGAUGAUGGGUUCUGGUCUCUUACUGUCUGGCUUAUUUUUAUCGACUACUUCACAACAACAUCGACCUCGAUUGUACUGGAUGAUGUGUUUUGUAGGUUUUGCUAUGGCUGUACUUUGGAUCUAUAUCAUUGCAAAUGAAGUUGUCAGUGUAUUACAAGCAAUUGGUAUGGCUCUAGGUGUUAGUGAAGCUAUUCUUGGCUUAACUGUUUUUGCAGUGGGGAAUAGUUUAGGUGACUUUGUUGCUAAUGUGACCAUGGCAAGAAUGGGAUAUCCACUAAUGGCCAUGAGUGCUUGCUUUGGAGGGCCUAUGUUGAAUAUCAUGCUUGGUAUAGGUAUAGGUGCUACUUAUGUGACAUGUCAACGUCAAGAACCUUAUGCUAUUGAUGUAUCAAGUACCAUCAUAGUUUCUUCUAUUGGACUUUUGAUAGUAUUGAUCUCCUCUCUUGUAUUUGUUCCUUUGAAUGGAUAUCGGAUGUCUAAGUGGUUUGGCUAUACCUGGAUUGGCAUCUAUUUAAUAACCAUGAUGAUCAAUUUGAUUUUAGAACUUAGAUCAUAGUAGUAGUAAUAUAGAAAUAUUCCCUCUUUGCAUUAUAUUCAUUUGUUUUGAUCUAUUUGUUUUUAUAAUAAAUGGAAC